AUGUAUAAAUCAUUAUCAUCUACCACCAGUACUACAAAACUAAAACAUCAACCUUCUAAACUUGAUUUAAUUGAUGAUACAACUUUAACUUCAUUACCAUUACCUCCACCUCCACCUUUAAGACGUCAUCUUUCCCGAUCACAAUCACAAUCACGAUCACGAUCACGGUCCCUUACUUCUUCUUCACAAGGUUCAAAAUUAUCUCAAUCAAAUAGUAUAAAUAAUUCUAUGAGAAUUAAUAGUAAUAAUAGUAAUAAUAAUUGUCAAUUGAAAAAUCUUGAUGCUAAUUAUUCUUAUGAAGAGAUUGGUGUUGAUGAUAUAGAUGAUAUUUGUUAUAAUGAUGAGGAAGUAGGAAAUUACAAUAAAGAUAAGGAUUAUGAUUAUGAUUAUGAUUAUGAUUGUGAAUAUGAAUAUGAAUACACCUUUGAUGAAGAUAGUCAAGAUCCAAUAGUUUUAAUUGAAGAUUAUUUCCAACCUCAAAAUAUUAAAUUCUCCAAUAAUAAUAGAACCACCACCACCAACACUACCAUCACCACAAAUAAUAAUACCCUACUAGAUCAACAAAAAUUAUUACGACAACAAUCAUUAGCAAAUUUUAAACAAAGUUUAUUACUAAUACAUAAUUAUCAUAAUCCUCUUAAUUCUACCAACCAUACUAAUACCACCUAUAACAAUGAAUCCGAUUUAAUAUUAAAAAUCAAUCGUAAAGAAGAUUUACAAGCUAUAUUUGGAGAAAUCCCUGGUUCAAAAUUACUUAAAUAUUGUGAAUUUUGUGAAAAACCUUUAUAUGAAAUAUCUUCAAUCAUUAAUAAUAAUAAUAAUAAUAAUAAUAAUAACCAGAGUCUGCAACAACAAUAUCAUUAUGAAUUUAUUUGUGGUGAUUGUAUUGAGACUUAUGAUCAUUAUUAUAAUCUGGAAUUUGCCAAUAUUGCUAUUGGUAGUGAUUGUGGUUAUGGUUAUGGUUAUGGUUAUGGUAAAGAUGGAGAUAAAGAUAAAGAUAAUAGAAAUAAAUUAUGGAAGAUUUUCCAUUCAAUUUCAUAUAAAUAUAAAAUUAUUGAAUAA